UGGGACCAGAUCUCGUAAAUCGAUUGACUAGCAAGUUGAUCUUAUUUCUUGAGCAAUGAUCAUGAACGUAUGCAGAUAUUCUGCUUCUUAUUCCGCGAUGCAUAAACACAUAAGGUGGUCCACUCGAUAGUGAAUUGACCAGCCAUCCUCCUGUCCAGCUCUAUGCCGUCAUAUUGCUUAACCUCCACAGCCCCAGUUCUCCCAAUGAUGUAUUCCAUGGUGCCUUGUAAGUAGGCAUUGUACUUGACUUGUGGAAUACUCAAGAGUAGUCACGUGCUGAAUGCUGGAUGAUGUGUCGGUUGCAGUUGUUGGUUGCCAUGAUGCGAUUUGGUCUGGCGGAGAGGUGCCGAGAUCGAGUAGGGUUGAUGUGUUUACUUGCUGCGAGCUCUCAUCUUUCUUCUCUUGCGCUUGAGGCGGCGAACUCUCUUCUUUCUCCACUUGGCUCUCAUCUUGGCGACUUCUAAGGUUGCUGUCGAUGAGUUGCUUUGUUGAUGAAGCUGAGGAGAAAGAAAAGAAAUUCUAAGAGUGGCACGAAAUGAAUGAAGUAGCCGUUGGAAAUUACGUUAGGGUUGUGAUCGGCUGUUCUUCGGGUGCAAAUAACUACAAUGGGGGGUUACGAGUCU